GUAUCUCGAAGGAUGAGUAUAGUUCUUACUAAGUUUGGACAAAAAGAAAAUUAGGAGACUUAAAAAGAAGACUUGCUUCAAUUAGUGAUACUAGUAGAUGUGUUUAGGAGCUUAAACCGCAAAUGAUGAAAUGGGCAAACCAAAAUUAAUUUAUUAAAGAAAAUCAAAAUAGAAAAUAUGGCGCGAUGAUUCGAGGGACGGGAUACUCCCCCUCGUCUAUUUGGCCUCAGUCUGCUCCUCCCUAGCUCUCUUCCAUUUCCCUACCUCCUAGAUGCUUCCAUUCACAUAGCUGCUUUGCUUAAAUCCCCACCCAAAUUCUCCAAACCAAUCGAGCUACAGAUCAUAGCAAUGGAGUCUGCAGCAAGUCCAAACAACACCGUCCCCGAGAAUUCUCCCGCCAACCCGACGAUGUUGGACGAUCCAAGUGCUCCAACAUCCAAAGCUCAGCCGGUAGAGACUAUCAAGUUCUUCGUAAGAAUCAAGCCGUCCAGGUCUGACACGGGUGACAUUUCCAUAUUGGCGGAAGAUUCCCACUCGGUGACGAUUUCUCCGUCGCCGUUGCCGGAAGAUCAGAAGAAGAAGAGCAAACCAAAGGUCCACAAAGGAUUUGCUCACGUCUUCACUCAAGAUUCCUCGCAGAAUGAGGUGUACGUGAAUAUGGUGCAGCCGAUGGUUGACGAUCUCCUUCAAGGAAGAAGUGGAAUGCUCGUGGCUUUAGGGCCAAGUGAUUCAGGGAAGAGUCACACCUUGUUCGGGACUCUAAGUGAGCCCGGAAUGUUCCCACUUGCGCUUCAGCAAAUUCUGGACCAGUCAAGGUCAUUCUAUCUGUCCAUCUUUGAAAUAUAUUCUGAUAGUGGUAUGGUCGAGAACAUACGUGAUCUGAUUCCUGAAGAACUCGAUUUCGCGUUUGAGAUAACUACACAAGGGGUUCGAGAGGUUGUAGUUCCUAAUGCCAAGAUGGUUUCAACCUUGAUUGCUUCUGCAAUCUCUAAGCGUGCAACAACCACCACCAACUCAUACAAUCAAUCCAGCCGAGCUCAUUGCAUCGUUACUGUACGUAUGGCUGUGGAUCAACGUGCUGAAGUAUCAAGUGGUCAAUCAGGUGAUGCUCGGCUGACUAUUGUCGACCUUGCUGGAGCUGAGAGGGGAAACAGAACAGAGAUUCAGGGAGCUGACCUACCAAAAAGCAAUUUCAUCAAUAACGUUCCCAUGAUCAUUGACCUAUGCUGCGGUCUCAGAGGAUUCCUGGGGCACCAGAAGAAUCCCCAAGAACCAUUACAGAAGCAUUGCCAGUUGUCUAUGCUAUUAACAGUGAAGCCAACAGUCGAGGACUAUUUGGACACAGCCUGUCUGCUCACCCAGGUUUCUCGCUACUUGAAAUCUGAUGAAUACCCCAGUGUUAUUGAAAUGGCUGAUUGGAAGUGGCUUCCCAGCACACUCCCCAAAAAACUUGCCGCGCCUACUUCAAGGUCCCUUUUCUUCGAGAUAUUCAAGAGGGUUCCGGAUACCUUCUUUUGGAUGAUAGUCUCCCUGCUUUGCUAUGGCGGACACAUCUAUUUGUUCCGGUUCACUAGACUACACCGGGAUCAUCUUCAUCCUCAGUGGGGUUGGAUCUUUGUUGCCUUUCUGCUUGGACUCCUCAUCGUGGCGUUUUUCCUUUCCGUUUCGAAGUGGAGGAAGGGGUGCAUCUUACGAAGAAGGUAUGGCUAUAUUGCCAAGACCGUGGGUUUUUUUGCAGGAGUGUUGUUGAGCUCAUCUUACAUUUGGCUAGGGGAAUCGUCUGCAAACUACUGCUUCUUUCUUCUCCUAUUAAUCAUCAUAUUAACGGUUGCGUUCCUAGCGAUUCGUCCAUCCACAGACUUCAAUGUGGUGAAUGGAUUGAUGACUUCCCUAAUCACAUAUACUCUCCGCGUGAUGAAGAACCAGCUGAAGUGUUAUCCUCACUGUCAUGAAGAUACAAAUCUAGAUUACAGGAGACCUUUUCCCUACAUCAUCAUCGUCGGUUGCAUCAUUGUGGUUCUACUCCGAAAUUAUUUCGAGUCAAGGGCAUUAAAAGCGGAUGAGGAAGCUGCGGAGAGAGCUGGAGCAGCGAGGAAUAAGAGGGAUCCAGGUUGCGGAGAAUGGAUAAAGACGGUUUGUAAGAGUAAGAAGGCGGAUCAGUCGUCUGCUUCUAACAAUUGAUUUAGGAUUGGAGUUUAAUGGUUGAUCACUUUUCUUCUGUCUAUCACAUAUCAACAGCUUCGGUAUUGAACAGCUCUUUGAUUUCACGUUGUAGUAAUGGCUGAUAAACUUUGUGUGGUGUGUUUGCUGUGUUGGAAAUAUUCUUGGUAUUUGUUUCGAACAGGGGAGGUUGAGAUCGAAAAAUACAGAGGAAGGCUGAUGGGCCGUUUACUUGCCAUUCCAUUUCUGUUAGCUGCCACAACAGAAAACAAAAAUAAAAUGAAAACGAAGCUGACCAUUUCCUGGAAAACAAAACCUGAAAAAACCUUGUUUAGCUGAGAAUUUUGGUGAGUUCUGAAACUGAGUUCUAAAAAGAAAUCAUGUUUAGUUGCUUCAUUCUGUUUUCUGAUUCUUGAUUAUCAUACAACCCUAGCCAUGAUUAUAAUUUUUAAUUCGAAUUAAAUAGUUUUUAAACU